GGAUCGUAUUCUAUAGUAUUAAUUAAGAACGUUAAUCUGCAUGCUACGUUGGUUCAGGAAUGUCUUGUAAUCUAUAAUAGCAUAUACAAAAGCAAACCAUUUUCGAAUACUUUACUUCCAUUCACCGAGUAUUUGUAAUAAACGAUGUCGAGAUCAAUGAUAUUUUUUAUAAUAUUAGUGUUACAUUUUUUUUAUUCAUCUACUUUAGGGCAAGAUUAUUUGCUAAACUUGAAUCCAGGUGAGAUAUGUCUUAAAGGGGAAAAUGGAGAGGCUUCCAAUUCUUAUUGUAAACGUUUAGAUAGUUGUCCUGAGGGUAGACAACAAAUCGAACAAAGUAUUAUUCCAAAAUUAUGUUCAUUUGAUAGAUCACAUCCAGUAAUUUGUUGUCCACCACAGAGCUACGAUGAAAAACCAAGAGAAAAUCCAUUAAAUAAUCAGACGAAUGUACAAACAUACUCUGCUACUGAGAUGUGUCAUCAAUAUUCAGAAUUGAUCUAUUCAUAUGAAUUAAAACUAACUUUAAAACCACCGCGUAAUAAAUACAUUAAAGUACUUAAUUGUCAAGAAAUAACAAAAUUAAUUGUUGGUGGUACUAAAGCCGAGGGUAAAGAAUUUCCACAUAUGGCUCGAGUAGGUUAUGGUGAUACAAUUGAACAAGUCAUAUGGAGUUGUGGAGGUUCAUUAAUCAGUAAUACUUGGGUUCUGUCUGCUGCUCAUUGUGAAAAAAAUGGAAAGGCAUUGCUUGCCCGUUGGGUACGUCUAGGAGAUCUAGAUAUUGAAAACGAUAAUGAUGAUGCCGAACCUAGAAAUUAUGAAAUAAUUCAACGUGUUAUUUAUCCCAACUAUCAGGCUCCUUCUUUCUAUAAUGAUAUUGCUUUAUUCAAGUUAGAUAGAAUUGUAGAAUUUUCAGCUUAUGUAAGACCUAUUUGCUUAAAUAUUGAUCAAAAUCUGAAGCCUCAAAAUGUAGUAGCUACUGGAUGGGGCCAUAUAAAAUACGGUGGACCGUCAAGUUCUCAUUUAUUAAAAGUAGAAUUAAAUACUGUUCCAAUAGAUCAAUGCAAUAUUAAUUAUUCUUAUACUGAUUAUUCUGAUACUCGUACUAAAAUAAAACUAGCAUUUGGGAUACUAAAUGAAAGUCAAAUUUGUGCUGGCCAUACUGAAGGUGGAAAAGAUACUUGUGGAGGUGAUUCUGGAGGGCCUAUUCAAAUUAAAAACACUAACUAUUCAUGUAUGUACACUCAAAUAGGAAUAACAUCAUUUGGAAAAUUAUGUGGUGAAAAAGAUGCACCUGGGGUUUAUACUAAAAUUUCUAAAUAUAUAUCGUGGAUAGAAAAGAAUGUUUGGCCAAAAUAGUAAUACAUUUCAGGAACACUAAGUAAGUAAGUACUACAAGAGAAUAGUUAAUUGUUAAUCAAUUUUUUAUUUAUUGACUAUUGGAUUAAAUGAACUUUGUACUUCUUUUA